CGCCCCCCCAAGACGAUUCGCCCCCAACUGUUUGCAUUUUCACCCCCAAAUAUUUGUCAGUUCGCCCUCAAUGGCGAACACCCAGAAAUUAUCUCCCCCUUAGAGGUCGCGUCGUCACUAUACACCCUAGAGUCUCGCUUUAAACAGCUGUUCGGUAGUGUGAUUUGAAGCCACUGGUCGUAUAAAAUUACUUGUCCACCUCUGUACGAACAGGAAAAGUGGUCAUAUUUCUUUCAGACGAUGAUGCAUUGCACAAAGAAUGUCUGGACUGCAUAACGGAUCUAGUAUAUGACAAAAUACAACAACAACAAAAAACAAAACAAACAGUGAAUCGCUGAAAAACGAGGCGUUUGUAUGUCACUGCCUAUCCAUUCUCGAAUGUAUUUCUUCCACAAGGCUAUCCUGAAAGUGUCAGUAAAGACUAUUUUACCUACCAGAUGUGGGACACCGUCCAGGCAUUUGCUAGCAGCAUCACAGGCACAUUGGCAGCUCAGGCCAUGCUGAAGGGUAUCGGUGUGGGUGAUAAAGAUGCCACUGUUUUAGCUGCCACGAUGACCUGGCUUUUUAAAGAUGGCACUGGGAUGCUUGGAAGGAUUCUCUUUGCUUGGAUGAAAGGAUCAACCUUUGACUCUGAUGCAAAAAGAUGGAGGUUGUUUGCUGACAUAUUAAAUGACUUUGCGAUAUUCUUGGAAAUCCUGGCACCGUCAUUCAACACCUACUUCAUUGUUGCAGUCUGUAUAUCGGGGCUGUGCAAGUCGAUAGUUGGUGUUGCAGGUGGUGCCACUAGAGCCGCCCUGACACAGCACCAGGCUCGCAGAAACAAUAUGGCUGAUGUGUCCGCUAAAGAUGGAAGCCAGGAGACACUGGUGAACCUCGCUGGUCUAGUGUGCAGUCUGAUACUAGUUCCCUUGGUUACAGGUAAACCAUUUGUUAUUUGGACUCUGUUUAUCAUGUUCACCAUGCUACAUCUGUUUGCCAACUACUCUGCUGUCACAUCAGUUGUCAUGGAAACACUGAAUCAGGCUCGACUGAACAUCAUCGUCAAGAGGUUUUUAAAAGCCUCCCAUAUACUUCCAGUGGAUUACGUCAACUUCCAAGAACCAGUUGUCUGGCCUACUCGAAGAAAAGUGUCAAUUUUCCUUGGAUCUUCAUUCCAGUCAGUCUGUACAAGUGACCAAGAUCUGCUUAUGUUUGAAAACGUAUACAAGAUGACAUCAAGCAUGUAUCUCUUAACACUGAAGAGAGGUGCCAUUCACAUUGUGCUACAUGAAAACAGUAACGUGCUCGACCAACUACAAAGCUGCUUUCACGCAGAGCUCAUCAACUUUGUAUUAGAAAAUAUUAAUAAUAAACAGGCUUUGAAUCCAAAGCUGUAUGAGAUAGCUGAUGAACUUUCCAAAGGACACACAGAGACUGUUGUACAGCUGUCCCAUCAGUACACACACACGGUGUUCCCAGACUUCCUCAAACAGCUGCGGCUCCAGGGCUGGGAGACGCAUCGGGCGCUGCUUAGUGCUGACGAGUGGAGGGCCAAUUGGGUGUUCACCAGGCUCGCAGACAAGAAAAUAUUCUGAGAUUUCAUCAACGUCCUCUCUCACGCAAACACGACUAGUAUAUCAGACUGUGGUAUGUGCUAUCCUGUCUAUGGGAUGGUGCAUAUAAAAGAUCCCUUGCUACUAAUAGAAAAAAUGUAGCGGGUUUCCUCUCUAAGACUAAAUGUCAAAAUUACCAAAUGUUUGACAUCCAAUAGCUGAUGAUUAAUAAAUCAGUGUGCUCUUGUGAUGUCGUUAAACAAAACGAAAUUCAAAGAAAUAUGCUCAGGUUUUUCAUUAUUACCAUCCUCGACAUAAGGAAAGAUCUUGAAAUGGACAUCACUGGAUCUGGUUUCUCUCAAGAGACUAGAGAUUAGUGGAGUUUGCUAGUUCUUGUUACAAGUACGGUUUUUCAAAGAAUGAAUGUUAAGGACAAAAAUUAUAACUCACAUAAGGAAAGCUUAACUGAUGAAUAGAUUAGUAUAUUCUUUUGGCAUAUGAAGAUCACAAACUAUACCAGUCUUUUUUAAGAAGCAGGUAGCAAAAUAAUUAGAAUAAUUAGAAUAUUUUAGACCUUGAUACAUUCCAACAUUUAUAUGAACACGACUGUUGGGAAUACCUGGAUCCAUUUCCGGAAUCGUCUGCAGAAACCAGCUUGCUAUACAUGUCUACAUGUUGCAAGUUCCGUAUUAAAGAAAAAAUAAACAAGUUUAUGAAUGUAUUAAAAGAUUUAUUUUGUUUCUAUGUACAGCAAGAAUAUUGCACAUGACGAUGACAUUCCAUAGAUAUGUUUCGCACUCAGACAUUUAAUUAAUGACAAGACAGAGAAAACUGUAGACACCAGCAAGUCCUGCUAUUUCCUAACACAUGGUACUCACGCAAAAUGAUCAUUUGGCAUGAUUCCAUGUGUAAACAUAAGCAACUAGAUAAAACAGAUGAUGAAGAAGUUUCUAAUUUAUAACUAUAGAAAUGAUAAAAAUUCUGUAAAUGUAAUUGUUUGUGAUAUUAUUUUUGAGAACUUCAAAUCAAAAAAAUGUAUUUCAAAAUUUUUAUGCUUGUGGUGCAGACAUUAAACCGAUUAAAACAUUUUGAAGACCUUAUUUUCAGUUUAAUAUGCCACCAAGUGGUAAGCAUUCCUCCAGACAUUCACACUGGGUGGAGAAUUUGAAUGCCAUUUACUUUAAGUCUAAUAUACUGUUCUUGGAGUGUCCCCUCUCCCUAGUAAAAAAAUAAAAAAAUAAUGUUUAUUGGAGCAAUUUAUUUCUUUUUAGAGAAGGAUAUAAUAUCUUGGUCAGCUUGACGUUUCUGGGAAAGACUGCCAUACAAUUAAUGCAUGUUGGUUUACUUUUGAAUACUGUAGCUGUAACGUCUCCCUUGAAAAAUCCUCACUGAACAGGUUAUGAUAAUGAUGAAGUCUUCCUGGUGUCUACGUGUAUCCAGAUACUCCACACAACACAACACACUCUCAAAUCACGCAUAUACAUCAUUAAAGUUGUCUUGUAGGAGUAAGCACUGCUGCUGUUUGAACCAAUAGAUCCAUGAUUGAAUCCCCUUGUUUAAAGUGAUCACACACUAUCACUGCUUUAGGUAAUGGAAUGAUGAGUGUUUUACAAAGUACAUGUACCACUCUGUCACAAGUGUGUACAGUUUGUACAUACAGAUAACAAUCAAAUGCACACCUUCACAGUUGCUAGGAGACAGAAACUUGUAUAUUCAGACAAAAACAAACUUGAAGGUAAAUAAACUCGUUUCUUCUGCCAUGUUUUGUAUACAUCCCUUCAUAAACUUAGAACAUUUGGUUGUUAAUUUUUUUUAAAUAUAAAAUGUUUUUUAAAAUACUAUGAUUAUUAUCUUUUCCACUUUACAUAUUUAUAUUUUGUUUUUAGCUUUAUGAAACAUCUAAAAUGAAAUAAAAUUUAUAUGUCCGAUUGUUCCAUUUCAAUAUGAACAGACUUUACAUCCAGGAAUGCUGGUGCCUGGAAUGAUGUUAGUUAAAAGUUGUUUUUGUUAAAAGGUGGCCAUCUGUUCGCAUUAGUUACGAUUUUUCUAUAAAACUGUUUAGAUACUUAUGGAUUCUGAAUGUUUAGCAAUAAAGUACUGUUACAUUAA